ACUUAUUCAUGAGAUUUCUUGAAUCUAUAGUUCUACUUCGCCCAAAUAAAUCUGAGAUCUUAUUUAGACCAAUUGUGGGGUGAUUUAUAAAUAGGAAAUGGCUACCAAAGGCAAUGUAAGUAUCAAGAUUGAGGAUGAUGAUGAUGUUGAAGUGAGAGGUGUAGCCGAUUCCCUGUGGUCGAAGAAAAAUGAAGCGUUUUUUAUUGACAUUAUGGAGGAGGAGGUGAAAACAAUGGGUAGUAGAGAUACUGGGACUUUUCAGAUAAAAAGUUGGGCUAGGAUGAGGAAGAGUCUUUCUGCUAGAGCUAAAUAUGAAUACUCUGAACUUCAAAUAAAAAACAAGUUCAACCAACUACGCACUAUGCACACCAAAUUUAAAAGCCUUUGUGACCAAAGUGGCGUUGGGUGGUGUGCGGAAAAAGGUACUGUUACUGCUGAUGAUAACCUCUGGGAGAAGCUAUAUAAGGUUAAUAAGAAGGCCAAGCAUUUCAGGAAAAAAGGUUUCCCACACUAUGCAGCGAUGACCCGAAUACUUGGAGAUACCACUGCAACAGGAUUCAAUGCUCACCCAUCAGUCCAUUCCCCGUCUGGAACAGAUAGUUCUGAUCCCUCAUUCCAACUUAAACAGGACAAAGACGAUGGCGAAAUAGAAGUAACGAAUGUAGUGGUUAGUGGAAAAGGCAAAAAGGUUUUUGAUAUGAAGGCUUUGAAGACUACUGAGCCAAAGGAGAGUAGCAAGAGUAAGAAGAGGGACUCAUUGUCUGCAAACCUCAGUGCAUCUUUAAGUGCUCUUGUAGAAAGUAGCAAGAGGAGGGUGGAUAUCCUUUGUAAUACCCGUCCCGGAUAUUUAGUAUUUUAA